AUGCCCCGUUCCUCUUACCAGGCAUCGAAGCUGGAGCGCAUUGUCGCCGAGGCCUCGGACCUCAUCAGGCAAACAGGCCACUUCUACGACCGAUACUCAGAGACACACAAGAACGCCGGCGGCGACAAGAACGGCGACGACAAAGCUUCCGAGAAAAUUCCCGGAGGCAACAGCAGCCUCCUCGGAAACGAUGCCACCGCCGGGCGGCAUCAGAACCGCGGAGUGGCAACUGCUGCAGGCCAAUCAGAUCGCUGCGAAGGUCGGCAUCGCGCCGCGAGUGCAGGAGCGGCGAUGGAACGAUCGUUCGGCGCCAACGGCUCCAGUCCGGGCAACCCGCCCCCCGGUGUCUUCUCGCCGCAGCAACUCUCCGCCGGGGGUCAUCAGCCCUGGCGAGGCCGAGAAGAUUCUGGGAAUUGUUUGGACCGAACCUUGGAGCACCGGCACGGCGUGGGGGCGGGGCCUGCCUUGAGGGAGCUGGAUCGGGCGUGUUACUCCUUGCUCGAGUCGAAUGCGCAGCUGUGCCUCAGGCUUCAGGGGCUUGGGCUGGAGUACGCUGGGCUCAGCCGGCAGCUACUGGCCUCGGGGGCCAAGGAGGUGUUGGUCUGGGUGAAUCUGUCAUCGAGCUGCUGUGCGGCUUCCUUCCCCAGCAAGAGCCCCUCGACGUCGCUGACCUCCAAGACGGAGCUAGCGUCGUCGCGCCCGUCGAAUACCAUCACCGAGGUCGAAGCACUGGCCAUCGCGCGGAGCGCCGUCACGACGGCCGGAGCCAAGAGCGGCACAGCGCCGCCGCCGCCGCCGCUGCCGCCGCCCCCGCCGGCACCGCGAGAAGAGACGAUAAAAGUCGGCGACAUCGGCUUCUUCGCCGGAGGGCCGGAGAGAGCCCCCCGUUCCCCCCGAGAGAUGCUCCGAUUGCGAAGGGAGAAGGAAGAGUAGAAAGGUGCGAUACUGGUGCUGCCGCUGCUGCCGGGGGCGGCGUCAAAGAACCAGGGCGUCGGUACGCGAAUCGGUACGCGGAUCGUUCCCCGGAUGGGACUGAUGUUCAUCGUCUUUGUGCCUCUUCACGAAGAUCCGUCGCCCGAGGGAUGGACUCGAGCCACCACGCCCACCACCACCUCAACAGGAGAAGCGGCGGGUUUUCCAGGGAACCGUCGGUGGAACGGCGGCGUGUGCGUCCUUCUGAGGACCGUUCGUACUAGUCAACCCAUAGAUAACGAACAGCAGAUUCAGCCUUAUGCAUAGCAGCGGCGGUGUCUCUGUCUCCCCCAUCACAAACAAUGACACCGACGUACGUACCUGUUCCGGGUCGCCACACACUCCGUGCCACUUCGCUAUCUCUUUCGUCUCGAGGUAGUUCCCGAUGUCCGCGAAGUGGUCUUGCCGCCGAACGGGAUGGCAGUGAGAACCGUUCCGCGGACCCUUCCAGGGUCGCUUUGGCCUCGGCCGGGAAACGUCAAAGUUUGUCGCCUGCACUUAGGAAGCUGCAGUUUUUGCCCAGACUGGGGUUCUUGAAUCCUUAAAUAGUGUGAAGCUACGAAUGGCCUCAAAAACGUUUUUGUUAGUGUAGGGGGUUCUUAACCGCAGGCGCUUGAAUUCUUAGAUUUUGAGUUUGUCGAGACCAAUUUCUCACUGCUAAGUUUCAGUGUUCUUCCGUGCGGGCGCUGUUUUGUAUCAAUAUUCUGAAGGCAGCCUCAUCACGAAUCGGUCGGUAGAAUCUCCGUCGGAGAUUCCCAGUUUUCCAGUACGUUAACCGGCCCACAAAGUAGCCCGCGCAAGGGGUGGCUACCCCCUCUCGAAGAUGAUUGCAGAUCAGAUGAGGCAGAGAGAUCGAGACCCGGACAGCUGAGACAGGCGGCGGGAGAUAGUGUGGACGUUGUGGACGUCGCGAGCGAGCCGCGAGC